CUUGCAGUGCUGAGCCCGUGCCCUGUCGCUGCAGCCUCGGCCAGACGGUGUCACUCCAUCUACAAGGGUUUCGCUCAGUGUUUGAUGGCUCUGGGCGACAGUCUGACGGACAACGCCCGCAAGGACGAGGACAUGCACGAGAUCCACUCCAUCUGCAGGUCGUGGGACGAGUUCCACGAUUGCGCUAACGUGGCGAUGGCCGGCUGUCCGGAGGAGGCGGCCGCCGUCUGGGAGUCGCUCCGCCAGGAAUCCAAGAAGAUGCAGUUCUCCGGAAACCUUUACGACAUGUGCUCCAACCGCCACCCGGCGGCCUCGGCCUCCCCGAGCAAGGAGGAGAUCAACCAGGAGUCUCUACGAGGAGGCGCCGCUCACCUGGCGUCCUGCCUCCACCGCCUCCUGCUACUGUCUCCUCUGCUGCUGCUGUUUUGGAUAUAA